UGCACAGCCCAGUAUUCCCCGACUGACUCACGGAGCCUCAAAUCCAAUAUCUGUUGAUGAAAAAGAAUCCGAUCAUCCCUUCUCCAAAGUCCAAACGCUCCGUUUCGGUCGAUCUGUGAAUUAAAGGUAGUCCGUUCACUUUUCGACAGAGGCAUUCAACCUCUGGUUACACAAGCAACAGUCAAUUAAUCCCUCAUCCAAAGGCUGCUUCUCGGUGGAUAUCUGAGUGCAAGAAGUGGAAGAAAAAUUUGAAAUGAAGAAGUAUGGCUUGCAACUUAGGGUUCCCCCCUCACAGCAGAAGAAGCAGCCAACAAGACCUCCACUUCCACCUCCUCUUGGGUUCUGUGAUGAGAAUGAGGAUGAUAUUGAGAGAGAGAUUUCUCGCCAAGCCAGCAAAAACAAGACUCUCAAGGAUAUAGAGGAACAGCAUAAGAAAGCCUUGGAAGAGGAUCCCACAGCAUUUGAUUAUGAUGAUGUUUAUGAAGAAAUGAAGGAGAAAACAAUUCGUCCUCUAGCACAGGAUCGCCAAGAGAGAAAGCCCAAAUAUAUCCAAAAGCUGAUUGAAAAGGCAAAACAAAGAGAGCGAGAACAUGAGAUUAUAUAUGAGAAAAAGCUUGUUAAAGAGAGAAGCAAAGAUGAUGCCCUAUAUGCAGACAAAGACAAAUUUAUCACAGGUGCUUACAAAAAGAAACUUGCAGAGCAGGCAAAGUGGUUGGAGGAAGAGCGGUUGCGUGAACUUCGAGAAGAGAAAGACGAUGUUACAAAGAAGAGUGAUUUGAGUGAUUUCUACUACAAUCUUUCAAAAAAUGUUGCUUUUGGAGGGAUAGAGGCUAAGUUGAGGAAGCGGGAAGAAAAAGUGGAUGCUGAUACAUCAGAAAAAGGCUCCUCAUCCACAAAUACACAUACAGAUUCUUCUGUGAUAAAUGAAGGGCAUGCAGGCCAUGAAGGCCAUGAAGGCAAGACUUCUACUCCUUCAAAGGAAAGCUCCCAGUCCUUGGAUAUAAAGCCAGUUUCUGAUGCUUCUGCACAAGAAAAAGCUGCAGCUGAAGAGACACUAGCUCAGCAACCAAAAAGUGAUCAUCAUAAAAGAGGCGAAGAUGCAGUGGCUGCAGCUAAGGAACGUUUUUUGGCACGGAAGAGGGCAAAGCAACAGUAGAUAGAGGUGCCUGUUUUAUUUAUGUCCAAAUAUGUUGUAGUUAAUUCAUGAGGAUGCUCUCUGUAGAGGGUGGGUAUGGAAGAUAAGAGUUAAAAUGUUCAAAUCUCCCGGCCUCUCCCCAGGAGAAAGGAACCAGGUUGAGAGAUACAAGAUUCACAGUUGAAGUGAGAUGGAUGAGCAAUAUAGUUGUUGAUACAAACAAAUUGAGUAUGGACAACUUCCGUCGCGAAACAUGGUUUUAGGAAUGACUUGGACUCUAAAUUUAACCAUUUUUCUUUCACAUUUGCCUUUACUGCAUGUGUAAAUUUUCUUUUUCAUUGUCCCUAAUGAUGUUGAUAUUUUGGUA